CGGCCCCGCCUCCCUGCCCCUGCGGCUCUUCCUCCCUUGCCAUUGGUUCCUUGCAGAGAAGUAGCGGCCUUCUAUUGGCUGAAGCAAGUGGGCGGGCCGUGUAGCCAAGCGACCGGGAGUAGCCGAGCCGCGGUCCCAGGGAGCAACCUGGAGAACGCUGAGGAGAAACCGGAAGCACUCGGAAGUCACGUGUUGGCCGGGACGCGCGAAGGAUUGGCUUGGCUGGACGUGAAUGAUACGGCUGUGAUUGCUGAAUUGUCUGGGCAGGAUUUGGACACCCCAAGAAGCUCCCCCGACCUGUGCAGUUCUCUGGAGAAGAAGAGGAGGGGAGGCCUACUCUCUCCAGGAUCCAGGAGUCACAUCCCCUUCGGGAACACCGAAGUCUGCCCUGGGGAUGGUCAGCAUGGCGUUCUGAAGUCCAUGUGGCUCCUCACAGUGAACCAGGUGUUAAGGAAGAUGCAGAGACGCCACAGCAGCAACACAGAAAACAUCCCACCUGAAAGAAAUCGCACCCAGGCGCACAGCUCCGAGGCGAGCGUGGAUGGGAGUGGUGUUUUCGAGAGUCUGAAGGCAGAAGCCACCUCCCCGCCUGCGCUCUUCUCCGGCCUCACCAGCGGCCUGCCCACCAGCCCCUUCCCUGCCAGCUUGGUGCUGGGCUCCACAGCUGGCGGUGGAGACGUGUUCAUCCAGAUGCCCACGGCGCGUGAGGAGGGCAGCGGGCGCAGCGAGGGUGGCACCUUCCACCAUCGUCCACCCCACCACCACUUCCACCACGCCACUGGCACCCGCGGGGGCUCCCUGCUGCAGCACGUGGGUGGUGACCACCGCGGGCACCCAGAAGAGGCAGCUGAUGAGCAGCCGGGGACCCCUGCACCUGCCCUGUCCGAGCUCAAGGCUGUGAUCUGCUGGCUACAGAAAGGCCUGCCCUUCAUCCUGAUCCUCUUGGCCAAAGUGUGCUUCCAGCAUAAGCUUGGCAUUGCUGUGUGCAUUGGGAUGGCCAGCACCUUCGCCUACGCCAACUCCACGCUCCGCGAGCAGGUCUCCCUGAAGGAAAAGAGGUCGGUGCUGGUCAUCUUGUGGAUCUUGGCCUUUCUGGCGGGGAACACCCUGUAUGUACUCUACACUUUCAGCUCCCAGCAGCUGUAUAACAGCCUUAUCUUCCUGAAGCCCAACCUGGAGACGCUGGACUUAUUUGACCUGCUGUGGAUCGUGGGGAUUGCAGACUUUGUGCUGAAAUACAUCACCAUCGCCCUCAAGUGCCUCAUCGUGGCCUUGCCGAAGAUCAUCCUCAAAGUCAAGUCUAAGGGCAAGUUCUACCUGAUCAUCGAGGAACUGAGCCAGCUCUUCCGCUCCCUGGUCCCCAUCCAGCUGUGGUACAAGUACAUCAUGGGGGAUGAUGCCUCCAACAGCUACUUCCUAGGAGGAGUCUUGAUCAUUCUCUACAGUCUCUGCAAGUCCUUCGACAUCUGUGGCCGUGUUGGCGGAGUGAGGAAAGCCCUGAAGCUGCUCUGCACCUCCCAGAAUUAUGGGGUGCGAGCCACAGGGCAGCAGUGCACAGAAGCUGGGGACAUCUGUGCCAUUUGCCAGGCUGAGUUCCGAGACCCUCUGAUACUCCUGUGCCAGCACGUGUUCUGCGAGGAGUGCCUCUGCCUGUGGCUGGAUCGCGAGCGCACCUGCCCACUCUGCCGCUCAGUCGCCGUGGACACCCUGCGCUGCUGGAAGGAUGGGGCCACCUCCGCACACAUCCAGGUGUAUUAG